CCGCCGCCAGGAGUCGCUAGAUGCCUAUCAAAAAUGGCGCUCAGCACGAAUGGAAAGAUAAGUCUAUAUUGCUUCUGUUUGACGUUGACAGUUGUGAUUUUGCCAAUAUUUACGUUGGUAAACAGAACUAUAGCAUUAGUAAUAACAGACUAUUGGUUGACAAUAAGUAUUAUUUAUUCGGGACUGUUGCACGGAUUACUUUUCUACAUUUACAAACCGAGAGGAUACGCGUAUAAGGUUGCUUGGAGAGCCGGUCUCUUAGGGUCUGGUUUUGGUAUUAGUUUCCUCAUUAGCAUCCUUGCGAGUUCUUCGUGGAAUGUAUUCGGUUGGUAUUUAAUAUUGUUAACCUUCUUCCAUUACUCGGAAUAUCUAACGACCGCAAUGACAAACCCGAAGUUCCUCAGUUUGGAUUCAUUUUUGCUAAAUCAUAGCAAAGAAUAUGGCAUAGCUGCAUUCGGAAGUGUAGUUGAAUUUAUGAUUGAAAGAUUUUUGUAUCCAGAAAUGAAACAGAUUUUAUGGCUGAGUAUACCUGGACUAUUACUUUGCAUCGGAGGAGAAAUUAUUCGUAAGGUUGCCAUGUUUACAGCGGGGACCAAUUUCAACCAUAUCAUACAGAGUCACCGAGAAGAAGGACACGUUCUGGUAGUUCAUGGCAUUUAUUCCUUGUUUAGGCAUCCGUCGUAUGUCGGGUGGUUUUGGUGGUCGAUUGGAACUCAGAUGAUUCUUUGUAAUCCAGUAUGCUUUAUUGGAUACGUUGUUGUUUCCUGGAGGUUUUUCAACAGAAGAAUACUGGAGGAAGAAAUAACUCUCUUGAAUUUUUUCGGAGAAGACUAUGUCAAAUACCAGAAGAGGGUACCCACCGGUCUUCCAUUUAUCAGAGGGUACAGGUUGGAACUUUGAAUAUGUCGGCUAUUAAAAUGCAUAUUUUUUUUUGAAACGCUUUUGAAAAAUUGGCUCAAUUUUUCAGAUACUCAUGUUUCGUAAAGAAUCUUGUAUUGAUUUGUGAUGAAUUAAGUAGUGCCUUUAUAAUGUUUAGAAGUUUUGCAAAAUCAUUGUUGCAUUAUUUAAGUGUCAAAACUAACAUUUCGUGUUGUGAUUCUCGGUAAGUCACAAGUAAAAAUUUCGAAACGAAUGUUUUUCAUUACAUUCAAAGAGCGUAUAGUCAAAAAUCAAAAACGUUUUUGGAUCAUGAGAAAUUUUUCUAUGGACUAACGGAGAUUCUAUGUGACUGUCAAAUUAUUUUAGAACGUACCGGCCUAGUCCGAAGGACCGAACGUUCGGUGCAACUAGAUAUUUCUGCGACAGGCUGCACGACUAUUUACAAUAUCAAUUGAAGAAGAGGAAAACAUUGUAAUAAAAACAUUUUGUCCUAAUUUUGCUUAGAAAUGGCAAAUGUAAUUUUAAAGUGAUGCAAAUUUUAAAAGAUAAAAUGCUGUAAAUAAAGCAUAAAAUUUGAGAAUUAUAAA